AUGUCCGAUUCUCCUCCGCCCCCACCGUCCUGGAGUAUUGCUGCGAUGGCCAACAAUGCCGUGCAUUUCCUUCGUUUACCGGUCCUGGCAUCCUCUGGGCUGGCUGUGGUAGCUAGUGGCCUCCUGUAUUUCAAGCAAAAUGAACUGAUUUAUCCGCGCAAUGUCCCCGUUGACGCCCGCACCAAUGUCCCCAGUCCGCGACAAUUCGGUCUCAAUGACUACGAAGACCUCCAAAUCCCCACGCCCGAUGGCGAGUCGCUACAUGCUUUCUUCAUCCGGCCAGAGAACAAGCAGCAUGCUCGGAAUGUGACAGUUUUGAUGUUUCACGGCAAUGCGGGCAAUAUCGGCCACCGUGUUCCCAUCGCCAAAGUUCUACAGGAGGUUCUGAGCUGUAAUGUGCUGAUGCUGGAAUACCGCGGCUAUGGCCUCUCGACCGGUGUUCCGGAUGAAGCAGGGCUCAAGGUCGAUGCGCAGACCGGAUUGGAUUAUCUUCGACAGCGGGCCGAGACAAGGGAUACGAAGAUUGUUAUUUAUGGGCAGAGUAUAGGCGGUGCCGUCGCUAUUAAUCUAGUCGCUGAGAACCAGGACAGUGGGGAUGUGGGAGGGUUGAUCCUUGAGAAUACCUUCUUGAGUAUCCGAAAGUUGAUUCCAACCGUCUUCCCUCCCGCUCGGUAUCUUGCUCGUCUAUGUCAUCAGUACUGGACGAGCGAAGAGGUGCUGCCAAAGAUCAAGGAUGUGCCAAUUCUCUUCCUCAGCGGCUUGAAAGAUGAACUUGUUCCACCGUCGAACAUGACACAGCUUUUUGCCGUGUGCAAAUCAAGCCGCAAGGUCUGGCGCACGCUUCCCAAUGGCGGCCAUAACGACACAGUUGCUGAACCAGGGUACUUCGAGCACAUCCAUGAUUUUGUCAUGGAGGAGGUGGUACGGAGCCAGAAUUGA